GUCACCGAGCUGCUGGUCACGUGGUGACUGGGAGUCGCGCACUGCCCCGCUGGUGAUCGGUUAUUGAUGAUCAGUUUCAGUUUCUGAUCAGCCGUGCAGCGAUCGAUCAGCCCGGAGCUCGCCCUUCACGCGCGCUGUAGAGAGGGAAUCAUCUUCAUCAUGUCGGCGGUGCAGAGGAUGAAGGUGGCGAACGAGAAACACAGCAAGAGCAUCACGCAGCGCGGACACGUUCAGAAGACCGCGCGUGUAGUGAACGAGGAAAAGUCUCCGGUAGGUCCGUGGCUACUGGCGCUGUUUGUGUUUGUGGUGUGCGGCUCAGCUAUCUUUCAAAUUAUCCAGAGUAUCCGGCAGGGUCUGUAGAGUCUGAGUGUACCGAAAAGACCAGGAACGACAGCAGGCUCCGCCUCCACCCCUCUCCAACAGCCAAUCAUCUCUUCCUGUCAGUCCCCUCCAGUAGAUCUGUUAGAGUCUUUGUUUUUCUCUUUAUUCUGGACGUUCUUCCAUUCUCAGUGUGAGCUGUUUACAGUAGUGUGUGUGCUUGUGGGUACUGAAUACUGAAUACUGUGAACUUUCUCAGAACUAUGAGUCUAUUGGUUUCAUACACACUGCAAUGACUGCAAACGCACACUCACACCCUUUUACUGAACCUGUGUGCGUUCAGAUAUUUUUAAAGCAAUUUUUCAGACCCCGCCUGCCACACAAACACACACAUACAGACACACCCAUGCACACAUGUCCUCCAAGUAUAGUUUAUCAGGUAUCUGAACUUCGAUUCUUUAGUUAGUUUUACUAACAAAUGAAGCUUGUGCAGCGAAUAAGUAUUGGAAGCUUAUACUCCACCUGUUACAUUAUUGGAGCAUAUUGGACUUUUUUUUUUACAUGUUAGCUACACUUGCGUUGGGGUGUAGCUUCAUUACAUGCUGGCUUGAUUAGCUUUGUCACUUUAAUGUUAAGUGAUAAGGUUAGCUACAUUUGUCUAAUAGCUCUAUUUAAAAACUACAGAAUCAGAUUUUUAAACACAACAUUUGUGAAUGAACAAAAUUUAGAGUAAAAAAGGAAAACUGGGGGAUUAUUUUUGAGUUCUCACUUUAACUGACACAUUUUAGAUCAUUUAUAGGUCUAUAGUUUACAGUCUGAUUUUAUCAGCUACUUACAUGCUGUCUUUUAACCCUUUUACUUGCUAACUCUGUACAAUGCACUGGAAUUUAGCUAUUAUUUUAUGUAUAAGUUAUGGGUAACUGUGUUGAAAGGAAUUAGGUGUUAAAAAAAUUGAUUAUCUCCAAAAAAGGUCACUCCACAAAAUGAUGCUAACAUGUCUAACAGUGAAUAACAGGAAACAGCCAUUUUGUUUUGCAUAAAUUUACAGCCUCACUGUUAGCAGCUUUAGCAUGUCUGACUGAGCCAAAUGUGUUAGCAGAGCUAACAGGAAAUGCAAGGUAGUACCACCAGUUAGCAUAACAUUAUUUGCAUAAUGACAUUAGUGGCCAUAACUUUCAUUCACUGAAAUUUAACCCCUAACACCUCCUUGAAACUGACUGUACAAUAUAACAACUUACGCAUUUAUGAAGCUGUGACAUUUGCUAAUGUGGCUAACACUGAAAAAAAGCAACCAUCAAAUUAGCAUGAUAACAUUCAAAUUCAUGCUAUUUUAAUAUAGGUCAGUUUGUUGUUUUUUUAAUUCACUGUUAGCAAUGUUGCCUUUUCUGACUGAAUUAUUUAUUAUUAGCAGAUACACUGCUUACGGCUCACACACACACACAAUCACAUACACACACACACCUGACUUUUGGAGCUAAAAUACUGUAUAUGUUGUAUAUCUUACAAACCCCAUUCUGUUAAAUUUGUCUGUUAGCUUUGGAUGAGUGUGUGUGUGUGUGAGAGAGAGAUUGUUUUGUAUGAUGAAGGCAGUGAGAAAGCAGUGUGUUGCCAGCCAUGAAUAAAACCCCACAAUCGCCCACCCUGCCUGUUGGCUGAUCUGACGCUAUGCAAGGAUUUUAUACAAAUAAAUACAAAUAAACCAUAUUUUCUGUA